CAAUCCUUUACUUCUGUCGUCUGCUGCGCGUCGCAGCGUUGUUUUUGCUUCUUGUCGCGCUAACGCUCCCUCCAAGUCAGCUCACACCUCGUAACGAUUACUUUCUCUAAGAUUUAAUGUUUUAUUGCUUUUGUGUAAUAUUACAAACCACUUGUAGCUGUGGACUCCGCUCAUCUUUAGACACGUGCUCGUCGGCGACAUGACUGCGACAUGCCAGCACUACUACUACCUCGGCAUGGUAGAUGAACCAGUCGGAAACGACAGCACGUCGUGGCAAACGAACAAAGUUGGAGGUCUACCCGACUGGACUACGAGUGCCAUGAAGUCAUUACCAGGCCUGAAGUGCCCUCGGUGCUCCAGAAAUAUGUUGCUAGCAAUUCAGAUUUACAGCCCUUUGGAGAAGAGUGAAUGGUACCACCGAACCAUAUACAUAUUCUGCUGCAUUAAUCCAAGCUGCUGGAACAAGCAGGAGAGCUGGAAGGUUUUUAGAAGCCAAGAGCGUUCAUCACAAGCAGAGGAGACCACUUCCCCUAGCAGAUUAAAGCCUUCUAUGUCGUGCGACUGGUUGGAGGGCCAGGACGACUGGGGUGAUGACUCGUGUGUUGCUGGACUGUCGCCUCAAAAAGUGUGCAGUGGUAACACUCAAGGUCUGGAAAUGAGUCUGGGCUCGCUGUCUGUAGAACCAAGAGGUGCAUCAGCUUCCCCGCCUUCAAACAAAGAAGACUCGAAUGAUUAUGAGAUGGAAGAAGUAGCUUCAGUUGAGCCUGAACCCCUGCAAGACAGUCGAGCACUGGAAACCAUGAAGAUCCUGAGAAGCAGUGAGCGAGAUCACAAAGAAAUGUUGAGGGGUUUGCAGCGGCCGAGUGCAUUCAAGAGUUUUUACAUUUCCGUCGUAGAAGAGAGCGCGUCACCUGGUGAGACUGCGGCUGAUGCGCAUGCCAGAAAGUUGUUGCAAGAGUAUGAAGCAGGAGAGGGAAACGCUUUCCGGAUGCCCAGCAGAGGGCAAGGAUGCAUGACAUAUGCACAGGAGUUGUACGAGAAGGCAUACCACAGCGACGUCAUGUUCCACAGGUUCCACAAACGCUUGCGGCGCUAUCCACAACAAUUAAUGAGGUUCUGCUGGGAAGGAGAACCACUUUUUAUCAGUCCACCACCACCAUCGUGGGAGCCCACCAAAUGUGAAGCAUGUGGAGCUCGCCGUUGCUUUGAACUCCAAGCCAUGCCAGCCCUCAUUCCAAGCUUGAAGAUCGAAGGUUGUGACAAGGUGCGAGGUGCACCUGUAGAGUUUGGGACGGUGCUCAUCUUCUCGUGCAGUGCAAGCUGCUGGAAGGAGGGAGACACAUGGCGACCCGAAGUGGCGCUUGUUCAGCCAGAUCCAGAUGCUGCAUUUUGGGAGACUGACAUAUAGCAAAAUAUAUGGACAUUUCUAAAACUUGUAUGUUCACCUCUAGCACAACAGAACACUACUUCUAUUUCUAGUCAAACCAUUUCGUUCAAGAAUUUGACAUUGUUCUUUUGCUACCCAACUAUAGACAAUGCUGAUCUACAAUUACGCUCCUGUCCAGGCUUAUAUGCAUUACAAAGAAGAAAAAAAAAGGGUCAACCAAUUGCCAACGAUAAAGAAGACAAGGUCACGGAUUCCGCUUCCCGUUCUUCACUCAUCGAAGCCCAUCGGGUCUCCUUGGAUGUCCUGCAAUGUAGGAAGCACUCAGAUUCUUCCAAAGUCUCAGCAACCACGCAUCCAUGUUUGGCGACUCUCUUCUGCUACUCGACGUCCUGCUGCUCCUGGCGGGCACAGUACGAUUCACACAUUAGGCGAGAUGGGCCUCGUGAGCUUCGGCCACCUUCUUGGCGUGGCUGGUGCAUGCUUUAGCGAAAUGAGCUUCACGCGCGUCAGCAAUCUUACUGACCCCCCAGCGCACGCAGCCUCAGCACACUUGUUUUUCCUCUCUUUAGCAUCAACUACUGUUUUGCAGCGCGGCGACAUGUUGCUAUUACAAACCCCACACACACUACGAGACUUGCACGGUCGGCUGCUCUCCACUUUCCUUGCUUCUCUGACCCAGCUCUCCUCUGUCCUGAACUCGGGUGCUAACGCCAACUGGUGGAGUGCAUGGCAGUGAAGUUAGAUGGCACUUGGCGGCAGCUCGGCAGAGGGCGACACAGGCACUUGCAUCCCACCUCAUUUACGGCUAAUUAUACUCAUUCUAGAUGACAUACUUAGCUGCUGACUAUUGCUAUGUGUUCUCGGAAUUGAGAGGUAUAAUUUGACACCAUUUUCAUGUUCAUGUGACAUCUACAAGUAACCUAACCAACGGUUUUUUUCUGAAAGUGGUUAUGAGAUAGUGAGAUCCCAGAUAUGCCGGCCCCGUGUAAAAACAGUCAAGACCUUGUCUCCAAAAAACAACUGAUUGCAAUUACUUAAUUCAAAAAUGUGAUUGAUUUAAGUGACCAAGUACUGUCCCGUGAAAGUAAUUGAGCAGUAACUGAAAUAUAAUUCCUUACUUUUACAUUACUUUCCUCCCAACUUUGAUUAACACUGCACAAAUACAGUAAAUAGAACAAGCUAGCCCGACUCUUUCAGUGCAUCCUCUGCAGCCCUUCAGAAGUUGUCUUCUCUAACAAUUGCAUUUAAAAAUUUUUGCCAAUCAUCUUCCCUAAUUUUCUUGCGAGGACAGCAAGGCUGAAAACUCUCUAUGUGCGUGCUUGAGGCAAUAGUGGCAUUGUUACAAAUGCCCGAUGGGGAAAUUAGCAAACAGAGGUUGUGAAAUAUCCAAUGACAAUGAAAAAAGCGAGUCUAAAUUCACUUAACAUGAGUGUUCUGAUGUGGUGGUGCUUUUGUUGCAUAGAAACGGGAAAACAUCGCAAGAUGGAAAAUGCAGCGCCGACAAUACGGGCUGCGUGACCUGCCAUUAAGAUGAGAAAACAAAUAAUGAGUGCCGGGUUUGCCUCUCUGAACAUGUACAUCCACAAGGCUGCUGUAAGGCACAACUGCAAGCAUUGUACUGAAGUUCCAGAAAAGUUCAAGUGCUCAAAACUGUGUCACUUCUUGCAGCACGUCUUGUCAAUAAGGUAACUGGUUACAUGUAAUUGAUUAGGGGAAAAAAAAAUCGACCAAUUGCAACUACUACAAAAAUACAUGACUGAUUACAUGUAUAAGUAAAUUAUUACAUGCAAUUUGUAACAUACAAAUCUAAAUCUGCCCCCUUCACACAGACAGCCUGAACUGUUGUUAAAGGAACUGACAACCGAUUUUAAGAACCCAGUUUUUUAUGGUGUAAGGAAGAGCUCACCUUCUGUAGUGUUUACACCUGUAGUGGUUACUUUCAAAAGCGCGUGGAUAUUUUGUAAGCAGAAUUUUUCGAUUUGAGCAGCAUCUAAAAAGGAAAGAAUCCCUCCUCCAGCAAUGCUGAUAAGUGAAAGCAAUGCUAAUAGCCCACCUCGCAAAUUGUGAAUGCCGCCGAUCAUUCUGCUUUCACAGAAGUGAGUAACUGUGGUUCAUCAUCAGCCUAUAUUUAUGUCCACUGCAAGAUGAAGGCCUCUUACUGCGAUCUCCAAUUACCCGUCUUGCGCUACCCCGGUUCCGACUUGGGCCUGCAAAUUUCUAAACUUUAUCACCCCACCUAGUUUUCUGCCACCCUCGACUGCGCAUCCCUGCUCUUCGUGCACAUUCUGCAACUCUAAUGGUCCAUCGGUUAUCCAUCCUACGCAUUACAUGGCCUGCCCAGCUCCAUGUUUUUCUCUUAAUCUCAAUUAGAAUAUGGGCUAUCUCCGUUUACUCUCCGAUCCACACCGCUCUAUUUGUCUCCUAAUGUUAUGCUUAACACUUUUCGUUCCAUUGUUCCUUGCACGGUGCUUAACUUGUUCUCGAGCUUCUUUGUUAACCUCCAAGUUUCUGCCCCAUAUGUUAGCACCAGUAGAAUGCAAUGAUUGUACACUUUUCUUUUCAACGACAGCGGUAAGCUUUCAGUCAGGAUUUGGCAAUGCCUGCCAUAUGCACUCCAACCCAAUUUUAUUCUUCUGUAAAUUUCCUUCUCAUGAUCAGGGUGCCCUGCGAGUAAUUGACUUAGAUAAACAUGCUCCUUUACAGACUCAAGAGGCUGACUGGCGAUCCUGAAUUCUUGUUCCCUUGCCAGGCUAUUCAACAUUGUCGUCGUCUUCUGCAUAUUAAUCUUCAACCCUACUCUUACACUUUCUUGGCUAAGGUCCUCAAUGAUUUGUUGUAAUUCACCCCCAUUGUUGCUGAAUAGGACAAUGUCAUCUGCAAAUCGAAGGUUGCAGAGAUAUUCGCCGUUGAUCCUCACUCCUAAGCCUUCCCAGUCUGAGAGCUUGAAUACUUCUAAGCAUGCAGUGAAUAGCAUUUGGGAGAUUGUCUCCUUGUAUGACCUCUUUCUUGACAGGUAACUUUCUACUUUUCUUGUGGAGAACCAAGGUAGCUGUGGAAUCUUUGCAGAUAUUUCCAAAGAUAUUCAUGUAUGCUUCCUGCACUCCUUGAUUGCACAAUGCCUAUCUCCACUGAAUUAAAUGCCUUUUCAUGAUAUAUGACAGCCAUAUAGAGAGAUCGAUUGUACUCCGCAGAUUUCUCAAUUACCUGAUGACGUGGACGUGAUCCAUUGUAGAAUAUCCCUUCUUGAAGCCAGCCUGUUCUCUUGGUUGAUUAAAGUCAAGUGUUGCCCUGAUUCUACUGAAUAUUACCUUGGUCAAUAUUUUAUACAAUACUGAAAGUAAGCUAAUGGGCCUGAAGUUCUUUAACAUCUCCUUUCUGAUGGAUUAAUAUAAUGUUGGGAUUCUUCUAACUCUAUGGUACAGUUGAGUUGUGAAGCAUUGUGUAUAAAGGGCCUCAAGCUUUUCAAGCGUAAUAGCUCCUCCAGUUUUGAUCAAAUCGACUGUUAUUCCAUCUUCUCCAGCCACUCUUUCCCGGGACAUGUCUUGCAAG